UAGGUAGCCGUGGAAUUCCAAGAAUGAAAACAUAACCUCAAAAUUCUCAGAAACCCACCACCAAUAUAAACAAAAUAAUAUGCCCUAAAAACGAUUUAAAUUAAGUUUGAGUAACCAAUUGAGUUUUGUUCUUUGUUCUAUCAAUAGAAAAUUAUUGAAAUGAAUUGUAAUUCUUGAGCUGUGAUUGGUAAAGCAAUAAUACUUUAAUAAGGUAGCGGUACUUUAUUUUCUACAUUAGGUCGUUCACUGUUUUCUAAAUGGAUUCCGACAAGAGUAUCUACUUUCAAAACACUACUACCAACCCACUACGUCAGUUAAGAAGAAAAUUAUCAAAAACCAAAGAAAAUGAAACAAAUUUCAAAAAAUCUAAACUCGAAAACACAUCCACAAUUCAACAAAAUUUACCGACUUCCCUUGAAGUCGGUUCAGAUCGUUUGAAAGACGACUUCUUCAACGUCAGCUGUGAACAGUUGGCUAGAAAUUUGUUGGGGAAAAUUCUGGUGCGAAAUUUGGGUGACGUCAUCUUGAAAGGACGAAUUGUUGAAACGGAGUGUUAUCCUGGAGGAGAAGAUAAGGCGUCGCAUUCGUUUAAUGGGAAAAUUACCGCAAGAAACAAGCCAAUGUUCAUGAAGCCUGGAACGUGUUAUGUGUAUCUUACCUACGGAAUGUAUCAUUGCUUCAAUAUCAGCUGUCAAGGUGAGGGAGCUGCUGUAUUAAUAAGAGCUUUGGAGCCUAUAAAGGGUAUUGACAGAAUGCUCGAAAAUCGACUGAACUUCCAAACCCGUAAAACCAGCGAGCCAAAAAAGAAGCAGAGGCAGAUACACUCACGUGACCUAUGCAAUGGACCUGGCAAGCUGUGUGUUGCCUUGCAAGUGGACACGGCAGAGGUCAACGAGAAGGACAUUUGCAGCUGGAACGGAGUGUACAUCGAGGAGGACGUUCAAGGUCGAGAGGUCAAUGGCCCCAGAGUGUACAUCAAGGAAGACAUUCAAGGUCGAGAGGUCAAUGACCCCAGAGUGUACAUCAAGGAAGACAUUCAAGGUCGAGAGGUCAAUGACCCCAUAGUGUACAUGGAAAAGGAUAGACAAGGUCACAAGGUCAAUGACCCCAGAGUGUACAUCAAGGAAGACAUUCAAGGUCAAGAGGUCAAUGACCCCAUCAUUGUUGCAUCAACUCGCAUUGGAAUCGACUCCUAUGGUGAACCAUGGACUAAAAAGCUAUGGCGGUUCUAUAUUUAUGGAAACAGAUGUGUCAGCAAAUUUGAUAGGACUAGAGAGAAGGAGAUUAUUGAUCAGACUUGAGGGAAAGUUAGGUAAAAGUGAGGGAAAGUUGGGUGAAAGUGAGGGAAAAUUGGGUAAAAGAGAAGAGAGGUAGGGUGAAAGUGAGGGAAAGUUAUGUAAAAGUGAGGGAAAUUUGGGUAAAACUGAGGGAAAGUUGGGUAAAACUAUAGGAGAGUUGGGUAGAAAUGAAGGAAAAAUAGGUAAAAGUGAGGGAAAAUUGAGUAAAAACGAGGGAAAGUUGAGUGAAAACGAGGGAAAGUUGGGGUAAGAGUGAGGGAAAGUUGUGCGAAAGUGAGGGAAAGUUAGGUAAAAGUGGGGGAAAGUUGGGUAAAACUGAGGGAAAGUUGGGUGAAAACGAGGGAAAGUUGGGGUAAGAGUGAGGGAAAGUUGAGCGAAAGUGAGGGAAAGUUUGGUAAAAGUGGGGGAAAGUUUGGUAAAACUGAGGGAAAGUUGGGUAGAAACGAGGGAAAGUUGGGUAAAAGUGAGGGAAAGUUGAUACUGUACCAUAAAAUCAAUAUAAUUGUGAAUUUGUUAUAGAAUGAUUGUUGCUAUAGUGUUAUUUUCUUCAAAUAUAGAUAUCAGUGUCCUAGCAAACAACAAGUACCAUAUUGGGAUACAUUGAUACAAAAAGAUAAAAGACAAAAAGAUACUCUUUAAAGGGUACUACAAGAUUAUUUAUAUUGCUUUUAUUAAUUUAUUCAAAAGUAUCCCAUGAAAGUGAAGUGUUUUUAUAAAAAGAUACAAUUAUUGUAUUUAAAUAUAUACAUAUAUCAUAGUUUUACUUUAGGCUUGAUAAUUUUUAUAUUAUAAAUGUUGUAAAUGAUGAUGAUUCCAAUAUUAAUUGUUAUGCUAUGAAUAAAUAUUCCAACAACAUGAUCAAUUUCUUGCAAUUGGA